AAGAUUUGAAUUCAAACUCUCCAUGUUGGAUGUUCACCCUUUUACUACCCAAACAACCCAUUAGGAGCAUAUGAAAGAUCAAUUUAAACAUGGUCUAAUUUUAAAAAAAAAUAAAAUCAAAAUCCACCUCUUUGGCGUACCAUCACUUAACAUAUUAAUGGGCUAUUUGGCUUAUCUAAUACAAUUGUUGAAUCAUAAAUUUCUAAUAUUUAAAUAUAAUUCAAGGAUCUUAGAAAGUUUAUGCAGGUUGAGUUAAUUUAUUUCUUCUAAGAGACAUGGCGGAAUCGAUUCUAUUUAGCAUUGCGACUCAAUUACAUGUUGAAGAAGAUCGAUAGGCUCUCUCUUCUUCCUCAUGAAGUGUUGUGAGAAUAUAUCAUUGAGCAAAAGAAAGCCUCCUUGAGUCGCACGAAUUCUUUUAUUCCUAUUAUGUUACCUUUUUCAGCAUUUUUUUAAAUUAUAAGCUUCAUAUUUGAGGAGACAUUCAUUCUUACCUAAUUCAUCCCUAUUUCAAAGCUAAUUCUUGCUCUCUUAAUUUGUUUCUUCCAAGAACACAUGGCGGAAGCAAUUGUAUCUGACAUGGCAUCUGAAAUUUUGAAGAAGAUAGCUUCUCUUAUAGCUGGGGAACUGUGGUUAUUGUGUAAUCUCGAAAAUGAUUUAAAAGGACUUCAGGGAACCAUGACCACCAUCAGAGCAGUGCUUUUGGAUGCCGAGAAAAAGCAGACUCAAGAUCAUCAGCUGCGCGACUGGCUUGGGAAGCUCAGAGAUGUUCUUUUUUAUGCUGAGGACGUUUUAGAAGAAUUUGAGCUUCAAACUUCGAGGAGACAGCAGGGGAGCUCAGCAUUAAAGGUAUGCCAAUGCUUUUCAAGCUGUAAUCUUGUUAAAAUUGGUCACAAGAUCGAGGAAAUUAGAGAAAGGUUAGACAAGAUCGCAGAUGAUAGGCUAAAAUUUCAUCUUGUUGAGAGUCAUGUUGAAGUUAGGCAUGUAAUUCGAAGGGAGAGGGAAACUAUUUCCUUCUUCCAAGCCUCUGUUAUCAUAGGAAGAGAGAUGGAUAAAGAAAAAAUCAUAAGCUUUUUGUUAGAACCAAACCAGGAUAAUGUUUCCAUCAUCCCGAUUGUUGGAAUUGGGGGUUUAGGUAAAACCACUCUUUGUCAAAUGGUUUUCAAUGAUGAAAGGGUCAAUAGGCACUUUGAAUUAAAAAUGUGGGUACGUGUCUCGGAUGACUUUAAUGUUAGCAGAUUAAUGAAAGAAAUUAUUUACUCUGUAACACAUGAGGAUUGUGCCAAGUUAAAAGCCAAUGAAAUACCCAUGUAUUUGCAACAAAUUUUGGCUCGUCAAAAGUUUUUGCUUGUUUUAGAUAAUGUGUGGAAUGAACAACCAGAUAAAUUGGUGGAAUUGAAAAAUCUUCUGUUGAAUCAUGUCGAGGGAAGUAAAAUUAUUGUGACCACACGUAGUAAAAGAGUUGCUGAAAUAAUGGGCACUGCUUCCCCACAUUUGAUGCAAGGUCUUUCCCUUAAGAAUUCUUUAUCAUUGUUUAAGAAGUGGGCAUUCGAAGAUGGCGAAGGGAAACAUUUUCCAAACCUCAUUAAAAUAGCGGAGGAAAUUGUUGGAAAAUGUAAAGGAGUUCCAUUAGCUAUAAGAAGUUUAGGGAGUUCACUUUAUGCCACCACCAAUGAAGAGGAAUGGUUGAGAAUAAAAAGUGACAUCUGGAAGCUGAAACAGGAAGAGGAAGACAUCUUACCAACAUUGAAAUUGAGCUAUGAUUAUUUACCGUCUCACUUAAAACGAUGUUUUGCUUACCUUUCUUUAUUUUCAAAGGAUUUUAAAUAUGAUAGUGAUGACGUGACCAGAUUUUGGAUUGCACAUGGUCUUCUUUCAAACUUUAAUAACGGAAAUGAAGAGUUAGAAGAUGUUGCUAUGAGAUGUAUGAAAGAUUUAUGGUUAAGGUGUUUUAUAGAGGAUUUUGAUGAAGAUAAAAAUCAUUUAUAUUAUACGUUUAAAAUGCAUGAUCUUUUCCACGAUCUUGCAAUAUUAGUGGCAAAAAGUGAGUGUACCAUGAUACAAUCCAAAAACCAAAUAGUUGAUGAGAGCGUGCGACAUUUUUCCUUCAUUGGCUUGGAUUUCGAACAUCAAGAACCUCCAAAAGUUCUAUUUAACAGAUCAAAGAUGGUUCGAUCCAUUAUUGUUAUUGAAAAAUGCGAGCAUAUUAGUGUAUCAAUUAUCAAUACAUGUCUACCCAAAUUCAAACACCUCCAACUAUUAUCCUUGAGAGGGAUGAAUUUUGAAGUCUUGCCAGACUCUAUCGGUACAUUGAUACAUUUAAGAUAUCUUGACUUGAGAUUUAAUAAAUGGUUGAAGACACUUCCUAGAUCUAUUUGUCACCUUCAGAAGUUGGAGACAUUUUUAUUUAGUGGUUGUUUAGAGCUUAAAAAGUUGCCUCACAAAAUACAAAAAAUGAUCUCCCUUAGAUACAUGGAAAUAACCACAAAAGAGCAACAACUACAAGAAAAUGGAAUCGAGUGUUUGAGUUCUCUUCGAUUUUUGUCUUUAUAUCUAUGCGAGAAUCUGGUAACAUUUCCUGAACGAAUGCAAGGUCUAACAGGCCUCCGAACAUUGUAUAUUGCAUAUUGUCCUCUGACCUCGUUGCCAUAUGGUAUCAAGGACCUAAAGAGAUUACAGAAGCUAUGUAUUCAUGACUGCGAAAAGCUUAAUUUGAAGAUGGAAUUUCGAGGAGACGAUAAUGAUAAACUUCGUUUGGCAGUUCGAACAUUUGUGAUCAUAAAUUUGCCGUCAUUAGUGGAUUUGCCUCAGCUUAUUCUUCAAGGAUCGGCAAACACUUUACAGUGCUUGAAAAUUGAAAGGUGUCUCGAAUUGGUAAAACUACCGGAGUGGCUGCAAAAUCUCACAUCACUUCAAACACUUGAGAUUAUUCAUUGCCCGAGUUUGCCAUGUCUUCCAGAAGGGAUGCAACGCCUUACUGCCCUCAGACAACUGAAGAUCGAAGGUUGUCCUGCUCUGAGUGAAAGCUGCAGACUUGAUGAUUCGAAGAUUGCUCGUGUCCCGGACGUUCAUCUUGAUGAAUAAAUGUCAUCUAUGUCUUGAUUCUUGCAAGGUUCCUGUGUCCAGGUAAGUUAUUGGAUCAAUGGAGUGACGAGAGAGUCAAAAGGUCAAUUUGGGAUGUUGCAUGAGACAAGACGCAUUUCAAUCAUUAUGUUUGUGGACCUUACUUAUGUAAUUGUUGGGUUUGUUUUAUGCACAGUUAUUAUGUAAUUUUUAUUUCAAACACCUUGUAAUUUGUGGAUGAUUAUUAUGGAUUACUAUUGAUAC